AUGUGGAGAGCGUCCGACAAGCUGAUGGAGACCAUCCGUCACUAUGCCUCGUUCCCCGCAACAGGAGUCUCACUCAGGCAGAUGGUCCAGUUCGGCGACAGGCCGUCCACUGGAACCCUCUUCCGUGCAUCCCAGUUCUUGUCCGAAGAGCUCCCCAUCCGCCUCGCACACCGUGUCCAGGAACUCGGUGACCUCCCCGAUGGCUUGAAUGAAAUGCCGUCCAUACGGAAAGUCCGUGAUUGGUAUGCACAGUCGUUCGAGGAAAUCAUCAAUCUCCCCCGCCCAACCCUAUCACAGGAAGUCAGAACUCGCCUCCUCCGCCCUACCAAACCCAAUGGCCGGGACGUAAAGGUCCUCGAAGAAGCUACCCCUAAUCCAAGCAUACGAGACGACCGAUAUCGAUCCUCGACAACCUCGAUCCUAAGAGCAAACGGCUCCAUCACCAAUACUAACAAUGGAGUCGCCACUAUCGGCAACGGGAACGGGAGAAGAACAGUGGCCGGGAACAAAAGAUACUUCGUAUCCACUGACGAUGGCCAAGACUGGCCGCCCGAGCUGAACGAAUACAACAACAGGUUCUCCAAGACCCUCCAUCACAUCAAACGGCGGCACGACGGCGUCGUAACGACCGUCGCGCAGGGGAUCCUGGAAUACAAACGCAAGCGCCAACGCAUGCAGAUCGACUCGAACAUCCAAUCCUUCCUCGACCGCUUCUACAUGUCCCGCAUCGGCAUCCGCAUGCUGAUCGGCCAGCACGUUGCCCUCACCGACCAAACACACGUCCACCACCCCCACUACGUCGGGAUAAUAUGCACAAAGACCAACGUGCGUGAGCUGGCCGAGGAGGCCAUCGAAAACGCCCGCUUCGUUUGUGAGGACCACUACGGCCUCUUCGACGCGCCCAAGGUGCAGUUGGUCUGCCGGCCGGAUUUGGAUUUCAUGUAUGUGCCUGGCCACCUGUCGCACAUGCUCUUUGAGACGUUGAAGAACUCGCUGCGGGCAGUUGUGGAGACCCAUGGGGCGGAGAAGGAAGCUUUCCCUGUGACAAAGGUGAUUGUUGCGGAGGGCCGGGAGGAUAUUACAAUUAAGAUCUCGGAUGAGGGCGGUGGGAUUCCGCGGUCGUCUAUCCCGCUUGUGUGGACGUAUAUGUACACCACGGUUGACCAGACGCCGAAUUUGGACCCGGACUUUAAUAAGAGUGACUUCAAGGCGCCGAUGGCUGGGUUUGGAUAUGGGUUGCCCAUCAGCCGGCUUUAUGCGAGCUACGGCACAGAUGUCUACCUCCAUCUCAACCGCCUCUCCUCCAGCUCCGAACCGCUCCAGUGA